AUGAUUGGUAAGAGUCGCCGGGCCAAGAAAGGUGAAGCAUGCGUAUGUCCCACAGGGAAGACAUGCACGGCAUGCAAAAACAAGAAAGGUGUACGCGUGAAUCCCAGCUUAAGUGACAGCGACUUGCCCGUACCAAUAAGGAUCACAACAUACAAAUACUCAAUCCCUACUACUGUCCAGUUUUUACAAAAACAAAAAGUCCGGAGCAACUCCGAAAAACCAGAACCUACAGAAUCUACAAAGCGAGGCACAACACUCUGCCAGUGGUAUAGAAGACGUAGGGCUCUAAGGGAACUUGAUAAACUCACGAGGCUUGAACGAAAGAGGCUCGAAUCUUUGCAGCUAGAGAAAGCUCGCCGUAUAAGGGAAGCAGAGUUCUUGGAACUACUCGAGCAAAGAGAAAAGGAAAUACGUUACGCCGAACAACAGCUCCAAUUAACACCUAAGAUUGAUUACUCCGAAAAUAAGCUGAAGAAACAGAAAAAAUUGCCUAAAACCGCCAAUCUGGACAGCGUAGGAGUUUCUGGUUACCCAAACAAGCGUUUUAAGAGACGUCAGAAAAUUAAGUACACAGAAGCAAAGCCAGUUUUGACUUCCAGAAAGGUAGCCACAAAGCCACUAAAAGACCCCAAGGAUUCUUUCAAUGAAAGAUUCGGGAACUUCUGCUACCGCGUAUGCUGUCAGUGCUACUGCUGCGUCUCAUUCAUUAUCAUAAUUGGCAUUCUUUUUAUGUUCCUUUUCUAAACACUGACUAAUAAAAUAGCAGGGAACGUCAAUGUUUCAAUAAAAAUAUUUCAACAUACUGAGAAGUUGUUU